AUGAGUGUGGCAGUGGUGGGAGGGGGCGGAGUCAUGAGUAUGGCAGUGGUGAGAGGGGGCGGAGUCAUGAGUGUGGCAGUGGUUAGAGGGGCGGAGUCACGAGUGUGGCAGUGUGGUGAGAGGGGCGGAGUCAUGAUUGUGGCAGUGGUGGGAGGGGGCGGAGUCAUGAGUGUGGCAGUGGUGAGAGGGGGCGGAGUCAUGAGUGUGGCAGUGGUGAGAGGGGGCGGAGUCAUGAGUAUGGCAAUUGGUUAG